CGAUAUUACCGGUAUAAGUGGAUUAUGUCGGAUUGUUUCUUAUUUUUACAAGCUUUAGUAGUAUUGAAAAGAAUUGGUAAUAAGUUUUAGUGGAGUUAAUUCCUUUUGGAAUCGAUUGGAACAUUUUAUCGACUAAAAACUUUUUAACUUCGAUCAUUUAGGUCGCGAUUUUUACAAUCCUGUAUUCCUUAACAACGAGGGGACGGAAUUUUAAAUGAUCUUUCACAGAUCAAUCAGUGUGUUAAGAUAGAGAGACCUUAUGAGCAUAUAAAUAUGGAAGUGUAAAUGUUUAUAUGUUUUUGAAGAAUUAUGCAGAGGAGGGCCAGCUUGUUGGUUGACCAAGAAUCCGGAUGUCCAUUUCGUAUACGCCAUCUUGAUGACGUCAUUGAUAGUGAUACGACCGAUUUGUACCGGAAGGAAAAGGAGAGGUCCCUUAGAUACAAUCAUCUAAAUGCAGAGCAGUACGAUGUUGUAGACAAACUCAUACGUGGAGGGAUUCGCCCAGAAUUUGUGCCAUGCCAAAAGCCAAAAGUAGUUCGCAUGUUUGUGUGUUCUUCGGGACCUGAUUUUGAGUCGGAGAUAAAUUAUCUUUUCGAGAAUGUAUAUCCGCUACUGCGUCAAUAUUGCCGAGAUAACCAUGGUAUCGACUUUCAGCUGGCAGAUAUGUACUGGGGCAAUCCUAGCUUGCCGUCUACAGACCCACACAAAAUGGCGACGGUAUAUGAGGAAUUACGACACUGCCAGGAAAUUUCCAUGGGACCAAACUUUAUUGCAUUCGUUGGACAAAAAUACGGUACAUUUCAUUUGCCACUGACCGUAUUGGCAUCCGACAUGGAAGAGAUAAAGGAUGCGCUGCUGGAAAGCGGAAGUGACGACACAUUGCUGAACAAGUGGUAUGAGAAAGAUCUCAAUGUGGCACCAAAUAUAUAUCGUCUUAAAAAGCCUCGUUCAGAAGAUGGACAAGAUUUGGACGAAGAUUAUCAAGAAAUCAUUAAACUGCUUCAGAGUGGCUCAACCAAGUCUGAAAACAUAACAUCUGUGCAAUGUAGCACUUCUGAUUUUGAGAACCUGCUACAGAGUGGGAUGUUACGGUUAAGCCGUGAGGAGAGGGACAAGAACUGUAUUGUUUACAUGCGCAAUAUCAGGAAUAUUGAUGAGAGACUAAACGCUAAAAAUGCUGGCAACUUCGUCGAUCUCGAAGAUGGUAACAGUAAAAGGGACAUAGACAAAACAAAUAAAAUAAACGUACUGAGAGGUUUCGUUGAAAAAUGUGUAACUUCUUCAAACAUAGUUCAAUCUGAAAUUGAAUUAAACGGAUGUACCCUGGAUGAACAACAGUCAGGACAAUACAUUUCAAAUAUAGGGAAGCAUUUUUAUUCUACAGUAGUUAGAUUAGUAAAUGAGCAGAUUGAAAGGGAAAAUAAACUGUGCGAGGAUCCGCUCAUUCAUGAGUUGUCUCUCCAUUGGAAUUAUGCCAAGCAGAGUUACUCCCCAUUUAUCGGUAGGGAAGAAGUUUUGAACGCUAUCAAAGGAUAUCUCCUUUCUGAUACAGACCAACCACUUGUAUUAUGUAGUGAGAGUGGGACUGGAAAGUCAACACUGAUCGCCAAGGCUGCAAAUGACAUCAACGAAGCUGUGAUAAAUUCAGAUCUAUCCAUGCCAACUGCGGUAGUAGUAAGAUUUAUAGGCGAGACGGGUCAUUGUGAAGACGUGCAGCCAUUAUUGUACCACCUGUGUCACCAGCUUGCAUUCAUUACGGGGAGAUACAGACAGGACAUUCCAUCGGAUUAUCUUGCACUGAAAAAUUAUUUCAUUGACUUAAUACAGAGAGGAGAGUAUGGAGGAAUGAUCGUGAUUUUGAUAGACGCAUUAAACAAACUAUCAACCACUGAUAAUGGACAUAAACUGGACUGGUUGCCUUCCAGAAUUGCUAGUAAUGUCAAAAUCAUUGUCACAGUUGAUUCAGAUGACGAAGAAAUUAUGAAAAGGCUUGAAAAUAAAGUAGACGAAGGUAUUAUUGCAAUGCCUGAAUUCUCACCAAAUGAAUGUGAAAAUACUUUAAAAGCUUUGAUGAGUGGCAAUAAACAAUCAGUGAAUUACAAUCAAUGGAAACGGAUACAAUUGUCGUUCAGUUCGUGUUCAACACCUCUCUUCUCUAGACUAGUCUAUGCUGAAAUUUCUCAGUGGAGCUCAUUUGACGACAUUUCAACAAACAUGAUUGAACAUUCUACUGACGAUUUCAUCAAGAGAAUAUUCGUAUCCCUAGAACAAAAACAUGGGAGCAACCUUGUUCGCAGAAUACUUGGAUACCUGACAGCGGCUAAGAAUGGACUCAGUGAACUUGAGAUGGAAGACAUAUUGUCACUUGAUGAUAAACUUUUAAACAGCAUUUUUGUCAACAACAAUGAAUAUCCGCAUAUUCGUAGAAUACCACAUAUACACUGGUCAUGUUUGAGACAAGAACUACAGCCGUAUUUGUGUUGUAACCAGAGCGACGGAAUUGCCACAUUUAGAUGGAGGUAUCGAAGAUUUGCGCAACUAGCAGAAGAACGCUACUGUCAGGAGAGUAUCUCGACCUUGUAUUCCAAUAUGGCGGACUACUACAUAGGCACGUGGAGUGGUACAAUACGGAAACCAUUCAAGCAUCCGACUGUUCUUAUGGCAAAAUACAAGCUUGUUGAGCGAGACGGCGAGUGCUGCCGGUUUGUGCCAACUCAGCCACUGUCUUUCGGUGAGAACAUGGUAUGUAAUUCGCGGAAGUUGUCACAGCUUCCUUAUCUUCUAGUCCAAAGUGAGCGUUUUGAUGAUCUGAAAUCAGAUGUUUUGUGUAACUACGAAUGGAUAGCCUCAAAACUACGCAUUACAUCCAUACAACAAGUUAUCGCCGACUUUGAGAUGUACGAAGACCGAGAAAUAAAACUCGUAGGGGACGCACUACGCAUGUCAAAAUCAGCCAUUUCCGUCGAUCGGAAUGCUUUGGGCAUGGAACUUACAGGCAGACUUCUUCCGCAUAUUUACAAGUAUCCGAGUAUUAAGGAGCUGAUACGCCAAUGCGAUCUCGAUGCACAACGUUGCUGCCCAUUGGUAGCAAACUGUCAGAUUUACAGCGCCCCUGGUGGCCCUCUCCAGUAUGAAUGUGACAUAGGAGCUAACGUUAAUUGCUCAGUAGAUAUUGAUGUGUUCACCAGUCCUGAUGGGAUACUCCUAACUGCCAAACCUUUCUAUAGCACCCGGCUUCGUGUCUGGGAACUUGCAAACGGUGAUGAAAGACCAGAUAUAAUGUUACCGCUUGGUGACGUCAAACCUACCAAAGAUGGCCGCUACAUCAACAUUUUUGUUGAUGAUAGAUCAAUUAAAACUUAUAGGUCUAACUGUGGUGUUCUUCACGGAGAAGUUGAAUUCGGUCACGGUAAAAUCUCACAGGUUAAAGUGUCAAAUAAAUACAUAGCCUUUACUCAGUAUAAAGGUGCCGGGCCGUGCGUUGUCGACAUAGAAAGAAGUGAGAUUUUACACAAGUUCAAAUACCACACGCACGCCGUUGCAAUAACUGAAGACGAAAAGUAUGUUGCAUUUAAUGCUGAAAGAAACAUUUUAUUGUAUGAAUUGCCAGUUAUGCAAAGAAAAUGUGUCGCUACGGCAUCUGAUGUUGCUCAUGAGAUCCUGUUUGUAAAUGACAUACCAAAAUGUUUCGUUCUGACGAAAACAAAGAUAGUUGAGUCGAUAUCUUUCGAUGUUAUCAACAGAAAAUUUAAGUGCAAAGGAAUUUUAACUGACAUGAAUGCAAAGAAAUGUGUUUUGUCAAAUUUGCGGCAACUUCUGAUUGUACAGUGCGAUAAAAUCUUGCAUGUAAUUGACACUGUCACUGACAAAGUUAGGACUAGAUUCCAGAAACUACCUGCAGGAGUGUUCGUUGAUAGUAAUUCAACAUUCAGUGGUGCGGGUUUCACACCAGACGAUAGUAUGAUUGUGGCAACGCGUUACACAUACCUUAUCGUCUGGGACGCUGAAACAUGUGCGCCAAUACGUGUUCUACAAACCGCAGUUUCUCCAAUGGUACAACUGUUUACAUCGGACUCUGUUAACAAAGUUGUGACCCUUCUGAAGAACAACAGUUUCCAAGUGUGGGAUUUAGAGAAUCUUGAUCGCGACACGGAACAUUCCGCUGAAGUCCACCAGGGGGCAGUGCAAACGUUAGCUGUGUCGUCUGCUGCGGACUAUAUAAUGUCAACUGAUGACAAAACACCAGAUGCGAAACUCGUCUGUCUAUCGACCGGUGAUGUCAUGGACACACUCCAACACAGUGAAAACUCUGGCGAUCGCCUCACGGAGGUUCUCAUGUCACCAGACGGUCUUUAUGCAGCAACAAGAGCCAAACUUGAACAUACAAAUUCUUUGUCGUACAUGACAUUUGAACCAUUGACAGAUGACGUCAUGUGGGAGCUGGAAACCGCAUCCAAAGUGUUCCAUGCAAUUUCAAACAGGUAUAUUGUAUUUAGCCCACAAUCAGGAACAGCAGCUUUUGUCACGUGUGCGUUCUAUAACAGCUGCGACUGGAGCGAGAAUAUCUACAACGUGUUUAUUGUCUACCCAGAAACCUCCACCAAUUACACAAUAGACUUCCCGUACCACACUGAGUUUGUCGCUCCACCGAAGAUCGUCUACAAGGGUGGUAACAACUACUUUGCGGCUAUCGUACAAACCUGUAAGAAAACCUUUGAUAACAACACCAAAAAGGAGCAGUCGAGGUGGACAGAAGUGCGGCUGCUUGUUCAGAAGAUCACACCAAACCAGAAUCCAUCUGAUCAGGUUCUUCUACGUGUGCAAAAUUUGGUUGACGAUGUUGAUGAUACUGAUGAAUUUCUGGACUUGAUCCCAGUAUUUGAUGGUAACGUUAUCGCUGUGUACGCGAAAGAUAUUGAUAUGUACGAGUUUGUCACAGACAAAGGUAUCAUACCACCAAAAUGUACAAGAAAGGGUGCCAUAUUGUUCGACGUUGAAGGACAGACUGCUCUAAGGCACAUUCCUCUUUUCCUGGAAACGAAAUCUAAACUUGAGGGCUUGCAGAUAUCUAGUCAGAACUGCUUCAUCCUUGACAGUGAUUUGCGGGUGUUUAAAUAUGACAAUUUUAGUUUCUACCAACACAUUCAGUGCUGCAAAUUUGCUCCAAAUUGCACUAAAUUUGCACUAAAUGGUCGAUACAUUAUAGGCAUAUCGGAAAACCAACGGGACAUUUUAGUUGUAAGAACCUCAGAUGAUAAGAAAGUUGGCUCGAUGUUUGUGCAUGGUAAAGCUACAUGUCUGAGGGUUGCCGAUGACGACAGGACUGUUAUCGUCGGAUGUGAAGACGGGAGGAUCAUGAUUCUAAGCUUAAUUCUUGAAAUGGCAGAUCCUUUACGGGAACACAUUGAGAAAUUGCCAAGUCGAAGCGAAGAACCAGUCCAAAAUAAUUUGAUUAUAAAUGAUGUCCAUCGGCUGUCGUUGUCAACGCCAGAUCAACAGCGUCUUUCCGCUCGGCUAAGAAAAGCAUCGAUUGCAGAAGAAAGAAGGCCUCCAUCUUACACGACAUUGCAUCGCGCUGUCACAAUAUCCAGAAUGUCGAGUAGAGAACGCAGCCCUAACGCAUGCGCACAACAGUAGUAAACGCUCGUACAUUCCAAGAAAUUGGUAAAAUAGAAAUAAAUGUAUAUUUUGACUAAUAGUAUAGUUCAGGACGCAAUGCGACAUCAAGUGCCAAAGUAGGCCUAUAUCCACAGUUUGUUAAACGUAUCAGACAUAUGCCUUAAUUGUAUGCAGAUAUCUUGGCCAUUCAUUUAUGGUGCAUCGAAGUGGAUCCAUUAUUUAGCUACUGACAUUUACAGACGUAGAACAUAGAUUUUAUGCAAAGACCAUUUCUUUACAAAGUUUUAUUGUUUCAAAAAUCUCCGCACCUAAUCAAAAAUAUAAUAAUGUCUGUUGUAAGACUGUAUACAGUAGAAUAAUCCGUAGUUCGGCUUAAAGGUCCAAUACUAAGGAAAGUGAACAUUUUAAUUUCUUUUAAAAAGCACAGAAACUAUUUCAUUUUAUUGGAAAAUGAAAGUUGGUAUGUAGAAAUUCGAAAUAAAUCGCAGUAUAUGUACAAUUAUUUUUCUAUGAAGUAUGAAGAAAGUUAAAAAGACCUGGGGGGGUCAUUCUGUCGAUUCAUUGAAAUUUCAACAUAAUACACAUACAUUUCUUUGAGUUCCAAAGACCUUCUGUAAAUUUUGACCUGCCAAUCUUCAUUAUUUAGUGUCUUGCAGAAGUCUAUGCACUGGCUAUGAAAAAAAUUGCCAACUCACUUUCCCUUAGUAAUGGACCUUUAAUGUCGUAUGUCGUGUUCAAAAUUACGUAUAAAAUUUACUUUAUAUUAUGCUACCUGCUUUCCGUUUUUGACAUCAAAAACUUAGCACAACAUUUGUCUUAAUUAAUAGAUCUUGGCUUGUUUCUUCAAAGCCUCUUUUCGAAAUAUUCUUCCCAUAUGUUUUGUCACUUAUGUAAUUUUAAAAUUGUCAUUUUAUACGGCUGGAAUAAGACUGUGUUAACCGGCAAUGUUUUCUCUAAACAAUGUUUUCCCUAUUUGGAUGUCUUUCGUUUAUGAAAUCAAAUCUUUCUACUGUAACAGUCUACAGAAUUCAUUUUGUAAUUUGCAGCAUAUGCAGCAUUUAUAACUAUUUUGUUCAUAUAUUGUUCAUUAAAUAUGACACUGCUAAGUGAUAUGUUUCAUAUUUUACAUUGUAUGUGACUAUAAGGUACGUUUAAGUUUAGUGACCAGUGGACCAGUCAUUUAUUAUAUAAUCUGAAACAUAUUUUUCAAUAAGUGGUUGCAAAUUUGGUUACAAAUAUCCUUCAGUAACUUCGCCAGUUAGAAAGACAUGAAACCGACUGAAACAUGUACACUAAACAUGCACUGCAUGUAUUCGUAGAAUCUUCCUGUUCCUCAAGAGAAGGAACACUUAUGGUGAACAUGUCACACUUGACUGAGCAGGUAAUGGAUACAAGGGUAUCAUCAAAGGCAUCCGAAUUCCAGUAGGGCGCCGCCAUCUUGGACUCAUGCAUAUUCAUUAUAAAUAGCCUCUUUGCCAAUGUGUGUUCACGCAUCUUUAAGUCAAUCUUUAGACUGAAGUUUAGUGAAAUACAACUACUUAAUAACAGACCUUCAAGAAACAAAAACAUAGUUUAAAUCAUAUAACUCCUAAAUCUAACUUGUCAUAAUGAAGAAUCGAGAUUAUUUAAAUGAAUAUGCAACAUCUUAAAAUAGACUCUCGCCCAAAAUUAUCGUCUGCUAUUAUUCUGCUUGGUUUCAUUCUCUUGUAGCUUAACUUUUACGGACCCAGGCGGUCAUAUUUCGUUUUAGAGCUUGAAGUAUCAAUCAUGCGAUGCAGUUAAGGGCGUUUGACAGCACUUUUCUGUCCAUGUAUUGCUAUGUGAAACUUUCAAUUUACAAAGAGGCUAACAUAUGGCCGAAUUCCGAUCUGUGCCACAAGGGAAGGUUCCGACAGAGGAUUCCCGAAAUUUUGAUAGAAUGAUGGUCUUUAUUAUUUAUUAUCCGCUGACAGAGCUAUAAUAUUUAGGUAGAAGGUGUUUGAUUAUUAUUAUAAGUUAAAUAAAUGUUUGUGUGAAAUAACUUAAAUGUUUUUAAAUAGAUAAGAUCCUUUAAAAAGAAUAUCUAAUAUAAUAAUGCACUAGAAGGAACCUUUUGGUAAGUUAAAUCUUGUACAACAAAGAACAGCUGGUGAGGUUUUUUAAUCCAAUGUCCGCCAUUUUGUCAGAUUUAUAACCAUUUCGCCCACUUGAACUAAGUUUGCAACUAUUCAUGUUCUGUGUUUUGUUUUUAUAUUAUAUGUGUUAUUUAGAAUAAUCAAAGCAUAUAUUUAGUUUUGAGCUGCCAAGCAAUUCUGUGAUAUUGUACAGUAUUUAUUCAAACUUAUUGUUUGAUUUUUAAUGAUUUUUAUGUACAUGUAUAUAAAGAAUAAUCUAUAUUUGAAGAUCAUAUAUCUUAUGAAGCUGUUUUUGUCUUCAGAUUCUAAUUGUUACUGACUGAAUAGAUAAAGACUGAAUAAAAAAAAUUGAUAAAGAGA